CAAGGAAGAGCAUUCACUUUGUCAAUAGUCGUUUGCUCUCACAACUACGACGCUUUUCUCCCUGUUAUUGCAGAUGAAUUGGUUGUGUUCCGUAAAAGAUGAGGAGUCGACAAAUCUUGGCUAUAUGUUUGGCUAUGUUAGGCCUAUGUGGUACUAUUCUAGUAUGUGCAUUGCCUAUGUGGAAAGUGACGGCCUUCGUGGGAGCAAACAUCGUGACAGCACAGGUUUUCUGGGAAGGCUUGUGGAUGAACUGCGUCCUGCAGAGCACCAGCCACAUGCAGUGCAAGGCGUAUGACUCUGUUCUGGCUCUGACUAAGGAUCUCCAGGCAGCUCGAGCUUUGAUUUGUGCUUCUAUUGCUGUCAGUGUGGUUGCCCUUGGACUGUCGGUUGUUGGGGCCAAUUGCACCAACUUCUACAGAGAAGAGCGCCUUAAAAAGGCCAACCUUGGAAUAGCAGCUGGUGCAGUCUAUAUAGUUGCAGGUGUAACCUGCCUUGUUGCUGUCAGCUGGUCGGCGUAUGUCAUUAUUGUGGACUUCUAUAAUCCUCUAGCAGUAGCGGGGAGGAAAGGAGAGCUAGGAGCUUCCAUCUAUGUCGGAUGGGUGGCCGGUGUUCUGCUAAUUGUAGGUGGUGGGCUGUUCAUCAGCACAUACUCCAGCAGAUGUUGACCAGAUGUGUUGAUUAAGCCUGAAGUUAGUUAAGUGAUGUGACUCUUUCCUGGAAGAUGAAAAGUCUCACUGGCUCUUUUUACUCUAUAAUGACUGUUAUGUUUGUUCAAAAUCAACCUUGUAUCAACCUUCAAGAACAUCUGAUCAUCUGUACAAAUGAAUUUAUUUAAUGACAAAUUAACUCGUUUGAUUUGUGUCUUAGAAUAUUAAAAUAAUAUUUUUUUCUUAAUUUUGUUUUUAAAAAAAAUUAUAUUUGCAAAUGAAAAAAAAAAUCAAGAAUUUUUUUAAUUGCCACAUGUCUUAAAUCUAAAUAUAUCUAUUUAUAGUGUUCUGAUUUUUGUUCAGAGAUGUUUAUGGUUAUAAAGCUGCAAUGUUUAUAAUUUUCAGUUGUCUAUCCAACUUUUUUUUUUUUACAUUUAAGAUAUUAGCACAUAGCCAACUAGUGUUGUUAUAAUAUUUGAUCUUAAUUUAUAUAAAUGGACCGGAAAAAUGAAAAUGUCAAAUAAAUAGUUCAUAAAAAAUAAUUAAAAUGAAUGUAAUUUUUUAUCUUUUUUUUUUUUUUUAAAUAUUUUAAUUUGUGAUCUACUUUUCUGUUGCAGAGACGCAAAGAGAAUACAAACUAUAUAUAUAUAUAUACACACAGUCAAACCAAAAAUUAUUCAGACAUUUUUGAUAUUUUUGAUAUAUUUUUACUAGUUGGCGCAGGACACUAUAGUUCAUUUAUAUAAGUGAGGAUAGCAAAAUAAAGUAAACUGUGACAUAUUAUACCCAAAAAUUCUUCAUACAGUGGACUACCAGUAAAAUUGAUAAAAAUUUGGAACCAAAAAUUAUUCAGACACUUUGACCUGACCAUGUUUUGCUUAAGUGUUAUCUGACAUAAUAUGGAUUAUUUUUUUUCUGACACAGUUUAACUCUGAGAUCUUUUUUUUAAACUGUAGUGAAUAAACUGUAUUAAUGAAUGAAAUGUUCAAGGUGUCUGAAUAAAUUUUGGUUUGACUGUAUGUAUAUAUACAGUUGCAAGAAAGAGUAUGUGAACCACUUGCAGAAUCUGUGAAAAUAUGCAAAAUUUUA